AUGCAAUCCACCAAAGCCAUUGUCGCCAACGAACCCACCACGCCAGGAUCCAUUAACUGGUCCUUGCAAGACGUCCAAUGUCCGAUCUCCUGUGGUCCUGACGAGGUGCUCGUCGAGAUUGUCGCGACGGGGCUCUGUCACACGGAUGUCUUUGUGUCGGGUGUGCCCGACGGGACGUUGGGGAUUCGGUAUCCGAAGAUUAUGGGUCAUGAGGGAGCUGGCUAUAUCCGCUCCAUCGGCAAGGCUGGCAGCAGUAGCGACAGCAACAGCACCAACAGCAAUAGUAGCGGUAGCAGCAACAGCACCACUACCAGCAAAUUCCAAAUCAACGACCCAGUUCUUCUCUCAUUCCCGUCCUGCGCGUCCUGCACGCAAUGCAGACAGGGCCAUCCGGCGCACUGCACCGGCGUCGCGGCAGAGAAGUAUACCGGGCGGAGAAACUUCACAGCUAAUGCCUCCUGCGGCAACAAACACCACCAGGCCCAGGACCAAGACCCAGAGAUCUGGGGCUCUUUUCUCGGUCAGUCGAGCUUUGCAAGGUUUACCGUCGUCAAGGCGUCCAGUGUGCUUAGUCUUCGGGGUCUGCUGCGUCGGAGCGAGGAUUUGGCGGUGUUUGCGCCGAUGGGGUGUAGUUAUCUCACUGGUGUUGGGGCCGUGCAGAGGAUUGCGAAGGUCACUGGUGGUGAUUUCAACGGUCAUGUCAAUGGUAAUGGUCAUGUUAAUGGUAACGGGGAGGGAGGGAAGAGUGCCGGUGGGGAUACGGUGUUGAUCAUGGGAUUAGGAGGGGUGGGCAUGGGGGCUGUUAUGGCCGCCACUCAAUCCCACCCCCAAACCCUCAUCGUCCUAGACCAACACGCCCCGCGCCUCCAACUCGCCAAAGAACUCGGGGCCACGCAUGUGCUCAACACGCGCGCACCGGGCUUCAACCUCCAAGAUGCCGUGCGCGCCAUCUGUCCCGAGGGUCCCUCUGUCGUCAUCGAUACCACGGGCGUGCCGGAGCUCAUUGAACGCGGACUGGAUGUUGCGGCGCCGAGAGGGCGUUUCGUGUUGGUUGGGGUUCCGCCCGUGGGGUAUGUUGUUGGGGUGCAGGGGUUGGAGUUUAUUAAUGAUAUCCCCCAACUCAUCCAAUGGUACUACGAAGGACGAUUCCCUAUCGAUCGUCUGAUCACGAAAGUUCCUGUCGAAGAUUACGAAAAAGCCUUACGGGGAACCGAAACAGGGGAGAUCAUCAAGCCGGUGCUGAUUUGGGAUGAGAAUCAGAUAUGA